AUGACACUCAAGCGCAAGCGGUCCGACUCCGAACUCUGCUCAUCACCCUCCUCAUCCUCCUCAUCCUCCUCAAUCUUCAGCUCGCCACCCAGCAACUCCACACGCGACGUCGACCCCCAUCUCUUUCACGACUUGCCAACCGCCCACCUGAACAGCCGGACCUAUAAACGAUUCAGGGACAACAGGCCGUCGGAGGAAGUCGUCCACCAGCAUACAUUGAAUUUACUCUACUCCGCCCAGCAGCAACACGCGCCGACUGCCCAAGUAGCCGGCCGUCAUCCGUCGCCCCAGACAGGACCUGCACCUCAGGAAAGGAGGCAGCAGUCUCUCCAUCGCUUCUGGAGCAUCAGUUCCGCGCCCACACCGGUCAUUGAAUCGACGGUUCAGCAGCCCGCCCUUGCACCGUCGAGCUGCGAGGACUGUGACGCCGGCCUUGGGACCAGCGGCAACAGCCAUUACGUGGAUGCGGAUGAUGCCACGGCGCGGAAUUCGGCUUGUGGCGCCUGCGGGAGGCACGUCUGCUUCAGCUGCUCCGUGAGCAAUCUGGGCGAGGAGAAGCGCUGUCUCCGGUGUGCGGGCCGGAAGGCAUUCGACAGCGUUGGCUGGUCCAACAUGGAAGUAACGUUGUGCUAA